GUAGGAAAAACAGGUUGAAAGCAGCAGCGCGAGAGCAGCUUCACCGAGCAAAAACAGGUUGAAAGCAGCAGCGCGAGAGCAGCGUCACCGAGCAAAAACACGUCCGGGAGACCGGGAUUUUCUAUCUGGAGACGUAUUCAGCAUCCGGCGCCCGUGCGAAGGCUUCUCUCCAUCAUCUGUCCACUGAUAUCUUGGUAACACUGCUUGACCACUGACCUGGCUGCAGUGAUGGGACGGAAACUGGACCUUUCAGGACUAACUGAUGAUGAGGCAGAACAUGUGCUCAAGGUUGUACGGCGAGAUAUGAAACUGCGCAAGAAAGAGGAGGAUCGCCUCAGUGAUUUGAAGCAUGAGCUGGAGGAGGAGGGUGCACGCUGUCUGCUGCUGGCCAAGCAGUGCGGCUUUAAUGAGCAAUGCUGCAUUCGCUGCUGUGGGCCAUUCAGCUUCUUUCUUAAGCCGCGCCGUGUGUGCCUCGACUGUCGUUACAACGUCUGCAAAGCCUGCUGCUCCUACAGACAACACGAGAAUGGCUAUGUCUGUGCAUUUUGCCACAAGAGCAGACUCCUGAGGGCCCAGUCUUUGGAGUGGUAUUAUAACAACGUCAAGAGUCGCUUUAAGAGGUUCGGCAGUGCUAAAGUCCUCAAGACCCUCUAUAGGAAGCACAUCAUUGAGAGAGGAGCAUUAUCAGAGUUGCAAGAGGUGAGUGCCCCUGAAGGCAGCAAUGAUAAUGAUGGCAGUGUGUGUGGCAGUGACUCGGCAUUCUCCAAGCAAAGUGAAAGUCACAGCAUAGCAGAGACUCUCACUGUUGCCCUACGUGUUGCUGAAGAGGCCAUAGAGGAAGCGAUCACUAAAGCAGAGGGCUACAGGGACAGUCUGGAAAAGCAGAAUGAGGCUCGAUAUCUGCGUGAUCAUAGAGAGGAGCUUGUAGAGGAACUUGCAACCACGAUUGUUCAAAAAAUCAUUCAGAGGGGGAAGCAGCGUGCAGAGAUGCAGACAGAGUUUGACUUUGUAUGGUCUCAGACUCACAACAGUGACCUGCCCUCCCCUACCUCAGCAUCGAACACAUGCUACACUUCGCAGCCCAGUAUUGUCACACAGUCCUGUUACAAAAACUCCUGGAGGUCCCAUUCAGCAUUAUCCCUGACUAGUGACGAGUCCAUUGACAAAACCCCUGAAGCAGACAAAGUGUCUGAAGCUGCAGAACCAGAGCCAAGUAUUUACUCAUCUUUGCGGAGAGAGUCACGAGCAUCCAUACUGGGUUGGAAAAAUGUGGACCGUCUGGACAACUCCAGUGCUUCAUCUGUGCUACAGUCUCCGGAUGGGAACUGGAUUGCCUUACAGACUUCCCAGCAUUCCCGGCCGAGCCUGCUAACCAAAAGGAAGAGCUUGGUGUUCAGUGUGUUAGAGAAGGAGUCUGGCGUGGUUUCAGCAUACGACGAGAUGGGGUCAGAUUCAGAGGAUGGAGCAGAAUGUGAUAGCUGGGGGCUUGCACUGCUGCAGUUCCGCCAACGUCUCUCCGAAGAAACACGGUCAUCAGACUCUCAGCGUGACACAGAGCACAAUCCACCUAUAACCUCACCCUCCUCGGGUCACUUCACCAACACAGAGACCCUAAACUCAGAUUCUGAGAACUCUAUAGCUCCCUCUACUCAAACACACGUCCCUGUUCACAGUGACACCCAGAGAAACAAAGCUUCACCUAAACCGUUCCUUCCCUACAUGCCCUAUGAGCACUACAGACUUGCUGUUAAGCCGUCACACACACCAAGGCUUGGUAUGCUGGAUGUGAAUUUUAACCCUCAGGUGGUAGGGGACAGCAGCGAGGGGGAGGAGCAAGCCGAGCAGAUCCGAAGGUUGCGGCGUAAGAAGCGGAACAAACGCGACUCAGCUGAACAUAACCGUGGGCAUAGUGCACUGUAUACAGAGGAGAACAAAACUCUACUGCUCAACACCAUGAUGAUGAAACGACAGGAAAGCCAGGAGACUCCAUCAUCUUUUCCACUCCCCACCUAUCAAUCUCCAAACACUCUGACCCCACCCAACCACGUGACCUCCACUGCCAUGAUCCCUGAAUUUGUAUACAAGAACACAGUAGCCUCUAACCCUGUUCUCCCCAGUCCACCGAUUCAUAACCAAUCUGAAAAUGACACUUUGGACCAUGAACUGAGGUCAAAACUCUCUGAACUGGUUGAUCAAAUCAGUAAGGAGGAAUCGACCUCAUCAGAUGAUGAGUCAAUCCGAAAAGUCAUUGAUAGGCGACGUGAUGGAGAAAGGGUGAAAGAAAGUGAUAGAGUAAGACAGAGAGAGAGAAAGAAUGAGGCACAGAAAGAGAGCAAUGGCAAAAUAGAGCUGGAGAACAAAAAAAGGAAAAUGGAGAGACUGAGUGAAAGAUGGAUAGAAAGACAGAUUAGCAGAGAGUGUGAGGAAAGUGAUGUGGUGAGGCAGAGACAUAGAGAGAGAAACCAGAAAAGAGAAGGAAAUUAUGGUGUAGAGAGACAAAUGGAGAAACAAGAUUGGGACAGACAACAAAAAAUGGAGGGACAAAGACAAGUCGAAAGGAGUUGGCAAGUCAGACAAGUGGAAACAGAAAGUGAGAAUGAAAGAAAAUCAGAAAAAGUGAAGUCGGUUGAAAUAGAGCCACACACCAUAAUUCAAGUCAAUGGGCUUAUAAUGAUAAGAGACCUACAAGAGAGUGAAACACAGCAAGUGACAAUAAGUUUCGAGAAAGCAAAAGAGGGUGGGGUGGAUGUAAAGAAGAGUGUGGAAGAAGAAGAACACAGCGAGAAAGGACAUUAUAUGACUGAAGAGAGGGUAAAUAGAGGGUUGCUACAGCGAAGCAACUCAGAGAGAGGCUCUGAAAAAAGAUCAGAAGCACACAGCCACAGCACCCCCUCUGACCCAGAGGAUCAAACAUCUCCAACAGAGAUGUAUUCAGCCGCUUCCCUAUGCAGUAUCACCACAGAGGUUCUGAAGGUCCUAAAUGCCACAGAGGAAUUAAUCGGGGAGGCGGAAGGCAAAGGUCAUGACUCCCAUGAGUCCCCAGCUGGGACACCACUCUCUUCUGGCCCAGACAGCAGAAAACUGGACCAGCAUCUUACCAAGAUGGAGGAGAAUGUGUACUUGGCUGCAGGUGCUGUUUAUGGCUUGGAGGGGGCACUGAGUGAUCUGGAGGACUGCGCUCGGAGCAUCAGCAGUGACACUACUGAAACAGAACUGGCCUUCCUGGAGGAUCAGGUGGCUAAUGCGGCUGCUCAAGUGCAGCAGUCCGAGCUACAGAUCUCAGACAUUGAGGCACGAAUAUCAGCACUUAAAAAUGCUGGCCUGAAUGUGUCAGUGUGCUCGCGAUUUCCCAGGCUCAAGCCUCAGACCUUGGAUUCCUCACGUCAGCAGAGAAGAAAACUGCCUGCUCCACCUGCCAUAGAAAAGUCAGAGGCAGAGUCGAGAUCUUUGUAGCCAUGACAGUAACAGGCACAACCUCCAUCCUGGUCUGUGAACCUCAACCUCAUCUAGCUCCAUCUAGUCAUUUCCACCUACUGACUGCCAGGCCCACACCAGUGCCUUUAUCCAAAUGUCUGUUCCUAUACAACUCCUCAGCCAUCCACAAUUCUCACAACAAAGAUCCCAUUGAACAAGGAGUUUAUUGAACACCAUAUGAAAGAAGUUCAAACCCCACCCCUCAACCAGCUGCCUGAAUCAUAUUUGGAUUUGCAAUGUUUUCUUGGUGCAAACUCUGUCUUUCUAUCGGAUCUCGCUCCAGAGCCCCUGACCAUUCGUAACCAAACAAUGGAGUUUUACUACACUCUGCGCUCCACCUCCCAGGGGCUCACUCUGUUCUUUCUGCCUUAAAGGAGUCCACACUCCUCUACAAACCAUCACAGAGAGUAUAUUCACAGAUGCUCCAUAUAUUUAGAGUUUUACCUAUAUGAUUGUUGUAAAUGUCACAUUGUUGUAUGUUCUGGAAAUUCCUUGCUGAAGUGUUAUAGGUGUUUGAGUUCUGGCUCUGUAUGUUGUCAGUGUGACAAAAAAUAAUUUUGCAUGAUCUGUGUUCCCAAUAGAGGCCAAGCCGUAUUUGGUAAGAAUGUUAUGUGUGUGAAAUGUCAUGGUGGAACUAAAAAAAAAAAAACUACUGCCGGACCUUUUUGAAGCAGAUAUGUAUCUUUUUUCAAGUUGUAUGUUUAAUUUACAUGCAAUUAUACCACAAAUUGUGUUGAUGGUGAUAACUGUCAUAGUUAAAGCCCUUUCUUCGUUAAGAGUUAAAUGGUCACAUAGUGUUGGUCAUUAGACCUGUGUGUGUGUGUGUGUGUGUGUGUGUGUGUGUGUGUGUGUGUGUGUGUCAGUCAGUCAGUCAUGUGCAAGUUGAUAUGAUAUCUUAUUUCCUAAUCAGAAUGGAUGUCUGGCUUUGUAGAAACAGGCACACACACAUGCAUUCAAGAAUCCACCUACACACACAGAUGUGUAUGUCCUUAUGACUCCUCGUGUGUGUGUGGUGAGGGGGGGCGGUAUCUCCAGAUUUCUAUCAUGACAUCUUUAGACCCUUAAAAUGCCAGUUUAUUAUUCAGAUAUACUCCUUAAAACAUAUUCAGUAGCUACAGUAAAAUUAAUAGAAAAGGUACGUAGUCAAUAGGGUGAGAAAUGUACAUACUAUGGGGAACUUAAAUAUUUACAUAUCUCACCUUUUUUUGUUACCUCUACUGUUUUAGAUAUUUUGUUUGCCUUAGGUGGUGUAUAAGCAUACACAAUGGGAGAUAUAAUAACUCUUAAAGUGAAUCCUCACACUCCCAUAAUAAACAAAUUGAUUUUAACAAUUUAGCUUGGUUUAAUGGAGAUUUCUCUCUUGGCAUUUACACAAGCAGACUUGCUGUAAUCCUCAUGACAAAACUGUUGCAGUGGCAGAACACAAUCUCAAUAGUUAACUAAAACAGGAGGCUUUAGGGCAGUGUUAGGGAAAUAUAAUUAAAUUAUCAACAAAACCAUGGAUUUUAUUUUUAGUCUCCUGGAUGUUCCACCAUCUCAAAUGGGUCCUGUUCAAAUGCAUGUUUCUUAUUUCAGAUAGAUGUACACAUUUCUGAAGGAAAAAGCACAGUUGAGAAGUACACAAUAUCCUGUAUUUUUCUAUUGUAAAAAGAAAUUAUUAUGGAUGUGUUAGUUAUAUUAAGGAUGUGUUAGUACGAAUUACAAGAAUUGUCAGUAUGACCUGUUGUGUGCUACACAUUGUGUGUUCAGUUUCUGGUUGUUCCUCUUGUAUUUUGAAGGAGAAGGGAGGAGGUGAAGACUAUAAACUGCACUCCAUCUUGCCAUUUCAUUGUGCCAUUUUAAGACAUUGCAUUUUCACUUAAGGAAAACGAUCAAAGAAAUGAAAAUGUGCUCAGAUUUCCAUUUGCCAAAUUUGUUCUGAUUGACAAGAAGAAUAAAUUCUGACUGACAAAAAAGAAUACAUGAAUAAAGUUUGCAUACCUGA